ACCAUCAUUACCACUCCUAAGGAUUCCAUAGUGUUGGUACUUCAGCUUAACCCUACAAGUUAAAUGGGCUCUCCUAGACUGGUCUGGCAAAACUCACCACCAUGAAGAACACCACUUCAAGAGGAAAACGCACACAAGGUGAAGACAGAGGCAUGGACAAUGGACCCUAGUACAAAGAAGACUGAUAACCCCACCAUGUGCACUGCCAGCCCCUGUGACCUGGAAGAGAUCCCUCUGGAUGAUGAGGACCCAGACAGCUUGGAGUACAAAAUCCUGGAGUUCUAUGUCAAACACCACGUCUUCCAGAACACUUCUGUCGUCCUCUCACCGAAGCUCCUAAGAACAAGGAGUCUGUCCCAGAAAGGGCCGGAGAGCUGGCCAGUGAAUGAGGCAUGGACGCAGGGGCCGUGGCCCUGCAGAAAUUCCCAAUCCAGUGAGAAGGCCAUAAACCUCACCAAGAAAAAGUCGUCUUGGAGGACCCUCUUCGGGGUAGCAGAGAAGGAGGAGGACUCACAGAGCUCGCCUCCGGAAAUCCGUGCCCAGGGACAGAGGGUGGGGGGACCUCAGGCCCGUCCUCGGAGUCCGAAAUGGCCAAGAUCCCGCUCCAGCAUGGACCAGCACUUAGAGCACAAAGCUGCGGACCCCAGAGUCGUUUCCAUUGCCAACCGAGUCGCUGAAAUUGUUUAUUCCUGGCCGCCGCCAGAAGAGUUCCACAGCCAGGGAGGAGGCUUCAACUCCCAAGAGCUUCUGGUACCCCAGAGUUUCAAAGAGCAGUCUGGAGCCAAGAAAGUGGGCGAUGAGGGGCCCAGCUGGCUCUUGAGUUGGCAGCACAUCAAGCGACAAGGCAGAGUCUUCAAUCGUGGCGGUGCCCCCCAACCCCAGAACCAAACUGAAGGAGAAGACCAAAUAAUAGCCAGAAUUGUUGAGCUGCUGAAAUAUUCAGGGGAGCUGUUGGAAAGAGAGUUGAAGAAAGACAAGGUUUUGAUGACCUGCUUCCAGGAUGGGUUAUCCUAUCCUGUUUUCAAGACCAUCACAGACCAGUUCCUAAGGGGCGUGGACACCAGGGGAGAAUCAGAGGUCAAAGCUCAGGGCUUUAAAGCUGCUCUUGCAAUAGAUGUCAUAGCCAAGCUCACGACUGUCGACAACCACCCCAUGAACAGGGUGCUGGGUUUUGGAACCAAGUACCUGAAAGAGAAUUUCUCGCCCUGGAUCCAGCAGCACGGUGGAUGGGAGAAAAUACUUAGGAUACCACACGAAGAAGUAGACUGAAACAUCAGAGGAUUUGUAACUUGGAAUACUUAUAUUCUGGUUCUGGUCUUGUAUACAUCGGUCUCAGCACAGACUACAGGAGAAAACACAAAUGGACAAGGUGGAUGGAGCACCAAAGGCUGAAUAACCAUUACUCCUGCAAGUCAAGAGGCAUCAGGAGAGACCUUGACUGUUCCCUGCUCCUAGGAUGUAGAGCAUGGCCUCCGGCAUCCAUGUCUUCAGGUUGUCUACUGAGUAUGCAAGAAAGUCUAGGAAGACAAGUGGUAACCUUCUGUUUAAAUGCUUACAACGGAAACCAUCACCCAAACUCUGCUGGCCACUUUCGGGACAGUGCGUGACACAUACUUGUUGACCUCAUGAAGGUGAAAUGAUAAAUGGUGCAUGUGCUUAC